GGGGGAAGCUCUGAUGACCUUUGAUCGUGCUCAUACAGCCUGCUGAGAACAGAGUAAUGGAGUCCAGAGCUUUAAGAGUCCAGGCGAGUCAGCUGCUCCGGUGGUUUCUGCUGUUCUUUAGCUUUCCAGCCUGCUUUGGGUUACCCGGAGUCUUCUUGAACAGACCACAUGCCAGCCAGGUCCUCCUGCAGAGGGCACGGCGUGCCAACUAUUGGUUCGAGGAGUUGAAGCAGGGCAACCUGGAGAGGGAGUGCCUGGAGGAGCGCUGUUCUUACGAAGAAGCACAGGAGAUCUUUUCCCUCCCAGAACAGUUGAAUGAGUUCUGGAAAAGAUAUUCAGAUAUGGACCAAUGUGAACCCAAGCCAUGUCUGAACGGCGCCACCUGUGUGGACCAGGCCAAUGCCUACAUCUGUAUUUGUCCAAGUGGCUUUGAAGGGCGGGUCUGUGAUAAAGCCAUGAUGUUGCCAGUCAACUAUAGCUGUCUCUAUCGGAAUGGAGGAUGCGAGCACUUCUGCAUGGAGACCCACAAUUCCUCUCAUGUCUGCAGCUGUGCCCCUGGCUACGGUCUGGGUCCUGAUAAUAGCAGCUGUGUACCCCAAGUGCCUUUCGCCUGUGGAAAACCUCUGGUGUCGGACUUCAGCCCCAGAAUAGUCAAAGGCGAUGUGUGUCCGCGUGGACAGUGUCCAUGGCAGGCAUUACUAAAACAUGGUGGGACUUACAAGUGUGGAGCCAUCAUCCUGGACACUCAGUGGAUCCUGACGGCAGCUCACUGUGUGUGGCGCACGGAUCCUGCUCAACUAGAGGUGACUGUGGGUGAACACAAUCGUGAAGUUAAGGAGGGCUCAGAGCAGGUGCGUAGGGUGAUGAAGAUCCUUCUUCACGAACACUACAACCACACUUCUAAAGACAACGACCUGGCCCUGCUCCGACUGAAGUCCCCAGUCAUCCUAGGCCCCUACGUCAUCCCUGUCUGUCUACCUCCAAUGAUGGGUACCUUUAGCCGAACACUGGCAGCUAUUCGCCUGUCCACUGUCAGUGGAUGGGGUAGGUUGGCACAAUCAGGACCGCCCUCCACCAUCCUCCAGCGAUUACAAGUCCCGAGAGUACCUCUACAGGAGUGUGUUGCCCACACAGGCCUGCAGGUGACCCGCAACAUGCUGUGUGCUGGCUUCAGGGAAGGAGGUCGUGACUCAUGCCAGGGUGACAGCGGCGGCCCUCUUGUCACACGCUACAAAAGCACUUAUUUCUUGCUGGGCAUUGUGAGCUGGGGGAAAGGGUGUGCUACAGCUGACUUCUAUGGCAUUUAUACAAGAGUGGCAAACUACCUGCCGUGGAUUGAGAAUCACAUGACAGCUGAGAAGAGCAGGAACUAAAGGCGAUUACAGAAGCCCCAACACAAGUUUCAUACUCUACAUAUGGCCAAUCUGUAUGAUUGAAUGUGUGAAUAUAUAAUAAACUCUACAUAUGGCCAAUCUG